UAUGUAAACAGCUGCGUUUUUGCGGAAAUAUGUGCUUUCCGGUUGUCGAUGUUGAUGUAUUCAUUAGCGCAAAAGAGGUGAAGGACACACAGUGUAUAAAGAUGACACAAAUGAUCCAGACGAAUGGGGUUCAACCCCUCAGUAAGACCUGGGAGCUUAGUCUCUAUGAAUUACAGAGAAAUCCACAGGAGGCUAUCACGGAUGGUCUGGAGAUCGCUGUGUCCCCGCGCAGCUUGCACAGUGAGCUGAUGUGUCCCAUCUGCCUGGACAUGCUGAAGAACACCAUGACUACCAAGGAGUGCCUGCACCGCUUCUGUGCCGACUGCAUCAUCACUGCGCUCAGAUCGGGGAAUAAGGAGUGUCCAACAUGCAGGAAGAAGCUGGUGUCUAAGCGCUCCCUCCGUCCAGACCCUAACUUUGACGCCCUGAUCAGUAAGAUCUAUCCCAGCAGAGACGAGUACGAAGCCCAUCAGGAGAGAGUGUUGGCCCGCAUCAGCAAGCACAACAACCCACUUUUACAUUGUAUGUCAAAAUGA